UACAGGCGGCGGGUUUUUUGAUUCUCGACGGGUUAUCUUUUUCUUUUUUUUAUAAUUAUUUUCACCUGCACGUACAUUGGUUUGAGAAAAGGGGAAUCAACUGUUAGACUGGGUUUUGUCACUAGAUAAUAUAGAAUAAACAAAUGGCGGAGAAGGCGUUGGAGGUGUAUACGCGGGGAACGGAGGCAUGGUUUCCUGAUGAGCAGGAAGGGUGGAUUAUGGGGAAGCUGGUGUCCAAAAGCGUUGAAGGGGAUAAUGUCAAAAUGAGCUUUCAUAUUGAUGCCAAUGGAAAGGAUGUCACGUAUGAAUCAACGUUACCGAAACUGGCUGCAAACAAGUUUGCUGAUCUGCCUCCACUCCAAAAUCCGCCGGCAUUGGAUGGGAUUGAUGAUUUGGCCAUGCUUUCCUACCUUCACGAGCCUGCUGUACUACACAACAUCCGACUCCGAUACGCUCAAGAAAACAUUUACACAUACUCUGGUAUCGUCCUCAUUGCCAUGAACCCGUUCGCAAAGGUCCCUAUCUACGGAUCAGACAUUAUGCGAGAGUACUCUGGUAAACGACGGGACGAGCUCGAACCGCACUUGUUUGCGGUCGCCGAGGAAGCCUAUCGGAGUAUGAUUGAGGAUAAAAAGAAUCAAUCCAUUAUUGUUAGUGGAGAGAGUGGUGCUGGAAAGACGCAGAGUGCGAGAUAUAUCAUGCGGUAUUUUGCGACUGUCGAGAGCGGGAAUGCGACUACGGCGGGUGUUAGUGAGGUUGAACAGGCUGUUUUGGCAACCAACCCGAUCAUGGAGGCUUUUGGUAAUUCCAAGACAACCCGAAACGACAACAGUUCACGUUUCGGAAAGUACAUGGAAAUUCUAUUCUCGACUCCUACCCCACAGAACCCCUCCGUUCGUAUCACUGGUGCCAAAAUCCGGACAUACCUGUUGGAGCGAUCACGUUUGAUCUUCCAGCCCGCUACAGAGCGAAAUUACCACAUCUUUUACCAACUCUGUGCUGGUGCACCCGCUGCCGAGCGAAAAGACCUUGGUCUGGGAUCGUGGGACAGCUUCUUUUACCUCAACCAGGGAGGAACUGGUACGAUUCCCGGUGUAGACGAUGCCGCCGAUUUUGUCGAGACAUCAAAGGCGCUGUCCGAUGUGGGGAUCUCCUUGCAGACACAAUGGUCCAUUUUCAAAAUUUGUGCGGCCCUUCUCCACAUUGGUAACAUCAAGAUUGAAGCCAAGCGCGACGAGGCUCAAAUACCAGACAAUGACGCAGCCUUUGCCAUGGCUACCCAACUCCUCGGUGUAGAUGAAAAGGAAUUCAAAAAAUGGAUUACCAAAAAGCAAAUCACCACCCGCUCGGAAAAGAUUGUCACUAACCUCAACCAAUACCAAGCCACCAUCGGUCGUGACUCUGUUGCUAAAUUCAUAUACAGCAUGCUGUUUGAUUGGUUGGUUAAAGUCAUCAACACCAAUUUGUCGAGAGAGGAAGUCUUGGCAACGCAGAGGUUCAUUGGUGUGCUCGAUAUUUAUGGGUUUGAGCAUUUCAAGAAGAAUUCGUUUGAACAGUUUUGUAUUAACUAUGCCAACGAGAAAUUGCAGCAAGAGUUCAAUGCCCACGUCUUCAAGUUGGAGCAAGAAGAGUACAUUGCGGAAAAGAUCAACUGGUCAUUUAUCGACUUUAACGACAAUCAACCUUGUAUUGACCUCAUUGAAGGCAAACUGGGUAUCUUGGACCUGUUGGAUGAAGAAUCGCGUCUUCCAUCCGGAGCCGAUGCAUCCCUCAUCACCAAACUCUACCAACGCUUUGGCACUGCUCAGCAAAAGUUUUUCGAAAAGCCACGGUUUGGUCAGAGUGCGUUCACCAUCAAGCACUACGCUACGGAUGUAACGUACGAUAUCGAUGGUUUCAUUGAGAAGAAUAAGGAUACAGUCUCGGAUGAGCAGAUGGCUGUGUUGAAUGCUAGUGAAUUUGAAUUUUUGAAGGAAGUGAUCAAGAUUGAGGAGGAACCCAAACUUGAAGUUACGUCGCCGCCACGGCCGGGUCGUGCUGGAGGAUCAUCUCUCAAGAAGCCUACCCUUGGAACCAUCUUCAAAGCGUCUUUGGUCAAACUUAUGGACACGAUUCGUCAAACCGAAGUUCACUAUAUCCGUUGUAUCAAGCCCAAUAUGGCUAAAGCAGCCUUCCAGUUUGAACCGCAAAUGGUUUUGCAGCAGUUGAGGGCUUGUGGUGUUUUGGAGACAAUUCGAAUCAGUUGUGCUGGAUAUCCAAGUCGAGCUACCUUUGCAGACUUUGCGGAUCGGUACUAUCUCCUCGUUCCAUCCAAAUCGUGGGUUCCUGACCCCAAGAACUUGACUGUAUCCAUUGUCAACAAGGUCAUUUCUGAGGAAGACAAGUACCAGAUGGGUCUCACCAAAGUCUUUUUCCGUGCUGGUCAGCUUGCCUAUCUGGAAAAGCUCAGAUCAGAACGACAACGUGCCUGUGUCAUUCUCAUCCAAAAGAAUGUCCGAAGAGCGGUCUAUCGGCGACGUUACCUCCGCAUGCGUGCGGCCGCCAUCACCAUUCAAACCGCCGUUCGCGGGUGGCUCGCACGAAAACUCUACAAAGGCCUUCGCGAAACCCAUGCCGCGAUCAUCAUCCAACGCAAUGUCCGCACCUGGCUGUCUCGCAAACGCUACCAGCGUCUCCGGGAUGCUGUUGUCAAGAUACAGAGUACAUACCGUAUGGCGGUUGCAAAGGCUCAGGCGCAGGCGCUGCGUAGAUUGAAUGCCGCCAUCAAGAUACAAAAGACUUACCGCGGGUACCGUACCCGCAAGUGGUACAAGCAAACCAAGAAGCGACUGGUCCUUGUACAGGCGUGUGUGCGCCGACGCCAGGCGAUCAAAGAGCUCAAGGUGCUCAAAGCCGAGGCGCGGUCGGUUGGCAAGCUCAAGGAGACCAAUUACAAGUUGGAAGGCAAGGUUGUAGAGCUAUCGCAGGCUUUGGCAGCCAAGAAUGAGGAAAAUGCUCGGAUAUUGGAAAAGAUUGCGUCAUUGGAGGAGCAAGUCAAGAGUUGGAGGGAGAAAUACGAGAAGGCUGAGACAACGGGCAAAUCGGCGGCUGCUCAACUGAACGAAGGAUCCGCCGAGUUGAAACAGGAGCUGCAGGCGCUUAAACAAGAAAAUCAGGGCGUGUCAAAAGAGAAUGAAAAAUUGACUGGCAUGUUGAAGAAGCGAGAUGAUCAGAUUGCAAAGUUGGAGGAGUCACUUUCUGCGCACAAGGAAGAAGUAAACAAGUUGAAAGAAGGGGCUCGGAACGCAGCCAAGCAUGAGGACCCUGAGGUUGUUAGUGCUUUGAAGAAGGAGGUUGCGACAUUGAGGGAUCAGAUGGCAAGGUUGUUGGCUGGCAAGUAUCGUGCUGAUCGCGUUGCGGAUGCCAUGUUGGCGUCUGUGACAUCCCCUACCUCUGAUCAUCCAACACCCAGAGUCAAUGGUGCUAUUUCUCCACCCUUUGCACUCUCAACGGAGACAAGCCGAACAUCCGUUACCGCUCAGAUUGAAAUGGACAUGGCCGCUGCUGCUGCCAAAGCAAGACCCAGACGGCAUAGCUUUGUGGAAGGGGCGCCUCCACCGACGUCGCCCGGGGCUGAACGGGCGGCACCUGUCGCUGCUCGCAAGAACCGUACCAGUAUCAUGAUUGAUACCUCUCUGGGUGCCAACGGCAUUGCUGGACCUCCCUCUGCCGGAGCUGGUCUGGUGCUGCAGACUGAGCGUUCUGUCCGUGUGUUGGAGGACAAGGCUCUCGAAGAGGAAAUCAUUGACGCCCUCGUCACCAAUCUCCGCAUACCACUUCCAAGUACUCAAACCGUCGCAACCCGCAAAGAAAUCUUUUUCCCUGCGCAUCUCAUCGGGUCUACCAUGGUGCAAUUGCUCCGGCACGAUCUGGCUGGACGCAUGCUAGGCCUGAUGACCAACGUCAUGAAAGCCAUUCAGAGUCUGACAAUGAAGUUUGAAGACGAUUACGUGUCAGCGUUUUGGUUGUCCAAUUGCUACGAGCUUCUCUGUGUUGUUCGCACCACUCAGGAGAAGGAACGUGCUGCACGUCGAACGGGUGGGCCUGACGCGGGCGAGGCUGAACGUUCUCUCGAAAAAGUUCGCAAUGACCUCGACUACCUGCUUAUUGAAAUCUAUCACGGUUGGAUCAAGGAACUGAAAAAGCGCCUUGCAAACAUGAUUGUCCCCGCCGUGAUUGAGAACCAGUCGCUCCCUGGAUACAUUUGCAAACAAUCUGGUGGACUCUGGGGAAAAUGGGGCAAAUCGUCUUCCUCUUCCCAAUUCACCAUUGAGCAAUUACUCAACUUUUUGAGCAAGUUGUCUAAAACGAUGCGGUGCUAUUACAUGGAGGACUCUAUGACGAGACAAAUCUUGACAGAGUUGUUGAGGGUUAUUGGUGUUUCUGCCUUUAAUCAUUUGUUGAUGAGGAAGAACUUUUGCACGUGGAAGCGGGGAGUGCAGAUUCAAUAUAAUGUUAGCCGGUUAGAGGAGUGGUGUACAAGUCAUGGGAUUGCAGAAGCGACAUUACAUCUCCAACAACUCUUGCAAGCCGCCAAACUCUUGACCCUCAACAAGACCUCACCGCAAGACAUUGAAACCAUUUUUGAUGUCUGUUUCUUACUGAAUCCUACGCAAAUCAAGAAACUUUUGUCCCUAUAUUAUGCAGCGGAUUUUGAUUCACCGUUAUCACCCGAACUCCUCAAAAUCGUUGCCUCCCGGGCGGUCCUCAAUGAAAAAUCCGACGUCUUGCUACUGGAUCUGGAACAAUCACCCGAUUUUGCCAAGCCUUCCCCGCGGGUUGUCGAGACGAUUGAGCGGUUUGUACCAGCUUGGAUGUCGUUGCCGAACGUGGCUGUUGUUGUGGGGGCUAAUUGAGGUUUGGGGUGUGUGGACCAUGGUGUGAAUGAGCGGGCAGAUAGCCUGUGUGGUGUGGGUAUUUGGUUCUGAAGAAGGGAAGAUGUAGAAGAGUUGGUGGUUUGGGAUGACAAAGAAGGUAUAUCUUACUACCUUUUUUUCAUGUUGUUUAUUUUCUUGUGUAGGCAUUUUUUUUUCUUUUUGUUAUUUUUGUUUUUUGUCUUGUGUUUUCUCCCAUUUUUUCAUACAUAUCCCACGAUUGUGUCAUUGUUUGCCUCA